CUGUCGUCGUCUGAGGUUCGUUCUACGUUUUAUAGAGCUGUUUUUAUAGUGACUGUGAACCACUGUUGCGUAGUGCAUGAUGUCUGCUAUACACACCAACUCGGGCAGGAGCGAUGUGAUGAGCAGUUUUGCGAGUGCAAUCGAGUGAGUUCCUUCUUGUUGUUCAGAGGCAUCAUAUCCCGUUCCUCUGUUUUUAUUAUUUGUUUCCAUAUAUUCUUCCUAGGUCGGCUAGUUGGCACCAGACUCAUCUGGGAAGGAGAGUUUAUCCUUUAUCAUUCAACUUUGCCUAGGUUAUUUUUAAGCACUUCAUAUCAGGAUCAACCAGAGAACGCCGAGCUUCACUUCCUUUUACGACAAAUAUGGAUAUUCAGGUGA